UGUAUAUAUAUAAGACUACAUAUAUAUUAUUAGGAAGAAGAAUUUCUGAUUGUGCAAUGGCGAUGACUUCUGUCUCAUUGAAUAUAUUGUUUGGACUUAUUUGUGGAUGUAUUGUAGGUUCACAAGAAGUAGAUGUGGUGGGACUAUGGAAAGAUUUCCCGGUUGGAAUUCCAUGUGAAGAAGCCGUCAAAAGUUUGGAUCCGCGGCAUCCAUUUGAUCCAGAUCCACCGACAGAUCGCCCAGGCGAUGACAAUGAAAAUAUUACAUGCACCAUCACUAGAAAUGGUAAUGUUGAAUUCAACAAAACCAUAAUUUGGGGUGACAGACGUAAAGAAGGAUACUUUGGUGAUGCGGACGAAAAAUGGAACAAUGCUAAUAUUUCCGUUAAAAUUUUUUGGGCCGGCGACCCAUUUGAAUAUAUUUUUCAAACCGAAUUGGAAACUAUUCCAGAAAUGAAUUGCUCACGUACAUUACUUGAUAGUACCAAAGACCGAGAAGAAGAGAUCACUUUAAGUUGCUACGCUGCGAAAGUAAGUCAAAACAAUAAAAUGAAAAUGUCUGAAGAGCAAUACAAUGUAAUUACGACAACAUGGUACAAGGACUGUGAAAUAAUUUCUGAAAAUAACGAACACUUUAACCAAGAGGAUGGGAACUAUAACUAUAAUGAAAUAAAAUUCGAAUCACUAAAGAUUCCAAAACCGUCAUACAACACUACACCGGGAUUAUAUCACUGUGUUCUGGAUUACAAAGGAAAUGAGCUGACGUCAAUAUCGUAUAAAGUCUGUAUACGAGAAAAAUUCGAGUAUGCAAACAAUCCUACAAUAGUUGCAUCAGAAGAUGAAUAUAUUGUGGAGCCUGGAAAAAGUUUAGACGUUCAUUGCAAAGGAAAUAUUGGGGGAAAUAAUGAUCAAACCACUGUAAUCUGGUUGAGGAACAACACUGAAAUAUGCCGCUCAAGGGUAAAUGAAAAGAGCGACAACUGCUCAUCAGAACGUCACAUAAACGAAGCUUCUUGUGAAACGCUAACAGAAGCUGAGGCAAUUGAGGCUCAAAAAAGGCGGCUUGCUGACAAUUUUACUGCGACCUAUACAUUCAGUAAUGCAGAUUUUUCAGAUAGCGGCGUCUACACCUGUCUUUUGGCAACUAUCGGGGAUGACCCAAGAGAUAAAUUCCGAGUUACUGUUCGCUAUGCGGAAUCAAGACACAAAACAUUGAUAAUAUUUUGGAUAAUUCUAGGAGCUUGCGGGGUCAUUGCAGUUAUUUUUGGAAUUCUUUAUCGGCAAUUUUCGACCGAAAUACGUUAUUUUUGGAAAAAAUGCUUUGGAAAGAAAAAGGAAACUGACAAGUAUUUAGCAUAUUUGGUCUACAUGCCUGAUGCAUUUGACAACCAUAACAAUAACGGUCUUGAUGUUCUGAUGAAGUAUUUGAAUGAAUCAAAAGGGACUUACUAUGAUCCAAACAAAAGUCACAAUGAUAUUUUUAUGACCAUUGGAAACGACUUCAGAUCAACUCUGGAAAAAUGUAUGAAAAUGGUGGUAAUUGUGACCCCAGAAUUAAUUCAACAAAACGAUAUUGAAAUAUUCAAAACAUACGAGGGACUUCGAGAAAGUGUGAAAAAAGACUUGGGAAUAGUUUUUGUGUGCUCUAAAGACAUGAAGAAAGAGUUGACUGAAAGAGCUAGGGAAAAUGAUACCGUCGCCAUCACCAUAAAAAAAUUUAUGAAAAAGCAGGGUAACACGAACAUAGUGUGGAAGAAAAAUAAGACAAGAAGAAUGAAACGGGCUUUGUAUGUUGCACUUCCAAAUGUUGAAACAGUUGAAUACAGAGAUGAUAUUGAAGAUAAAUGCUAUGAGAACACAGUUGUGUAGAUCCAUGUGACAUCUUCACCGGAAUCAUGACAAAACUGAGACUAAAUGCAAAACUGAGAUUAAACCCCCUCUUUGUUUAGGAAUCCAUGUAUGUAAUCAAAUAUAAAAACGAUUUGUGUUGCUUUGAGGUAGGGGAUCAAUUUAGAUUUCUGUUAUUACAUUGAAAAUUGAUUCGUUAUUACGUCGUUUCUUCAUUUUGUAUAAAACAGUCAAUGAGGAAUCUUCAAUUAUUUUCCAGAGGCACCACAAAUUUAUUAUCAUGUCUAUAUAAGUUCUAUAUACUCACUAACAGAUACAUGGAUGUAGAUUGUAGAGCCAUAAUAUUUUCGAAAGGCUGUAUUUUUUAGAUUCGUCGUUGUACUCACACAAUUUACUAUACUGAUCGUGAUCGUGAGGCGUUGGUCAUGGCUUUUAACAAAAUUUACAGAAUUUGCUUCUUCGAUUGGACUUCUUAGUCGGGUUAAGUUUAUGAAAACCACUGAAUCUUGUACCGAUUGGAUAUCUUCCUCUUUCUUCAUUGUCAGUUUUGGCUGAGAAUCUUUCAUUUUAGCCAUUAUUUUUCUUCAAGUUUACGUUAAUUUUUUGUGUCUUUCUAUUGUCUUGGUGAGUAUUACAUUGUUCUCGUGUUGUGUGAUUUAUGUAUAUUUAAUAUUCAUGCUUCUAGUUGAUGUGAUGUUGUCCAGUAUCACUAUUUCAACAAAUUUUACCAGACAUAAAUUUUGGCGAGUUUAUUUUAAAAAUGGGAUUGUUCACAAAAAAGGUCGAUGAAGCUUUAGAAGUCAAACUUCAAUUUGAUUAGUUGUCCCCAAACUUAAAAUAUGUACAUUAUAAUGAUCAUUUUUUAUGAAGUUAUGCAUAUUUUUCAAAGUGCCUUUCAGAAAAGUCGACUUUUAAUUAUUGAACUUCUUCGUGACUUAAUUUUAAAAUUAACAAAAUGACUUGGUACUGAUUAAAUUUUUAUAAUGUCAAUUAAUCGCCUAACUUCACUUAUGCAUUGUAAAGCAAAAUGUCAU